UAUUUAUUUUUUAACAUUGGAAUCUUCCCCCGGCGUUUCCCGACCCUCGUCGGAGGAAGGUCCUUGCAGACGCCGGCGUCGUCCUGCGAGGGAGACGUUUUCUUGCUCGUUCCUGUUUCCUUAUCAAUCGGGGAGCGAUGGACGACGAGAUGGAGGAGGUCGUCCCCGAGGCGGAGGUUUUCGACCGCUUCGAGGUCGAUCUCGAUUACGAGUUCGACGCGCCCAAGUUUUUCGACCUCGGCAGGGAGGAGACGCUGGCGGAGGCACGCAAGGUGGAGCUCUGGUUUGAAUCCGCCAGGAGCUACCCUCCAUCUCCUCUGAUAUCAAAGUUAAUUUUUGAGAAAGAUAUACAAAUAACAAAUAUUAGUACCACUUCUAAUCUUGAAGAUCUGGAAAUCAAAAUCCUCCACACGGAUGCUUUUGUGGCUGAGGUGACUAUGGUUUCUGAUUCUGAUAGAGGAUGUACAUACCACAGUUAUGAGGCGCAAAGUGUAUCGGAAGUUGAUCAUAAACCUGCCUGUAAGAAGCCUUUGUCAAAAAGAUCAACUUUGAUGAAGCCCACUGCUAGUCAGUUGGCCAAACAAAAUCGGCCUGGUGAAGCGAAGCCGAUGAGCCAAUUCCGUAAUCAAUUAGAAUGUAGAAAGGAAAAGGGUUCCAUAGAUGUGAAUGAUUAUACUCAUCAAGCAGCUAAAAGGCAGCGACUGGAGACGGGCCAUUGUUACAAGGGAAUUGGUUCAAAGCAUCAACUUGACUUGUUCCACAAGGGCUCAGAAAAGCACCAUUUUCUAGACACCAAAAGUAGUGAGCUUGCUGAUACCAGCAACCGGCUUCCAAGAUUGAAGCUUACAAUACCAAGGGAACCUGAAUUGAAAACUGCGAGAAGGGCUCUUAGUUUAAGAACUCAACAACAAAAGCCGGAUGAUUCUAAAUGCCGUGUAGAAGGGAUGGCACCAUCUUUUUCUACCUUCAAAGCACUCCCUUUGAACAGAAAAAUUCUUGAGGCUCCAUCUCUGCCACUUCCUCAAAAGACUACUCCCAGUUUGCCAAAAUUUAAAGAAUUCAAUUUUAGAACUCAUGACAGGGCUCUAGCACACAACACAUCUGCUUCCUCAAUGAAUUCAGAUAGUCAUAAUCCUAGUGUUACAGGAGGUGCUACCAGUUCAAUACGAAUUCAACCACACGAGAAUGUUGAAGGAAAACACAUCCCCAUAAGAUUCAAAGCUCAAGCCUUAAAUCCAAAGAUUCUUGCAAGUAAAGGAGUUAUUGGUGUAUAUCGAUGUGCUAAACGAGAAUCAACUAAACCCAAGGAAUUCAAUCUUUCAACAGCUAAAAGGUUCCAGCAAUCGCCACUAACGGAGCUAUUCAAUGAGCUAUCUAUGACUUGUGAAGCUCAACAGUCUAAUAUACAUCACAAAGUUCGCCUUCGAAAUGGUCUAGCUGUUGAGGUUUUGAUUGAUUUAACAUUUCUCUUUGAACUCAAUAUAUUUCCUUCCAGUUUUGCAAAUUAAUAUCUCUAAAUUCCUCUUCAAGUUAUUUUUAUCAAGUUAUUCACUAGUUUCUGUACUGUUUUUGGCAAGGACUCGAAAGAAAACCUGAUCCAAAUUGGACAACAAUAAAAAUGGCAUUGAUCACUAACAUGCAUAUAAGCCAUGAGAAUUUGGAGCUUUGUGCAAGCAAGUUUUUAUCACGAAAUAAUCGACAAUAGUACGGAGUUGGCUUUCAUGUUCAUAGGGAAUUACUUUCACUUGUACAGGUUCUAGUUGACUUAUUUUAUCUCAGAAGUUGACUAAAGUUUAGUAGUUGUCAACGCAAAUACCUCACAUUGUUGUGCUGCCGCAGUUUUGGCUAGGCAGCCUCAAUCAGCUUUUUGUUCACUCAUGGCUUAACAUGAAAGACUGUUCAAACUUCAUGACUCCAAAUAUCUAUCUAAUAUCUAUCUAGCUUAGCACAAAGUUUGUCAAUUAGGAUUUGGUGUUCACAUGACAAAGAUAACAGUAGAUCAGAAUUGUACAGCCAUAUAAAGAUUUAGUGUUAUUAUUAUUAUUAUUUGUC